AUGGAUCUCCAUACGUUAUCCAGCCUAUUCGCUACGACCUAUAAUCCCGAUCCCAAUGUUCGAAAGGCCGCAGAGCUUGAGAUCCGGAAAGUGGGGGUACAGGAGGGCAUGCUCACUGCGCUUCUCCAGAUAAUCGCCGAGGAAAACGUUGAGCUUGCGACGCGUCAAGCGUGCUCAGUAUAUCUCAAGAAUCGCGUCUACACAUCCUACACCGUCGAUCCCGCCGUCACCCGCCCACGUCCCGAUCAAACGCCGAUCCAUCCAUCCGACAAGGAUGCACUGAAAGCAAGCAUUUUACGCUUGCUUGCUGCAUCUCCUUCCCGGAGUGUGACCGUACAACUCGCUGAUACGUUUAAGAAUGCCGUGGCACGCGAUUUCCCAGACAACUGGCCUGGCCUCUUGGAUCAGGUCAAGGCCCUUCUCAUCAGCAGUAACAUUCAGGAUGUCGCGGCCGGAUGCAUAGCAUCUCUGGAGGUCGUACGAGCAUUCCGAUUCCGACAGGAUAGCAAGAUUCUUCCUGAUAUCGUGGCCAACCUGUUUCCCACGUUGGUCUCUAUCGCUAAUCAGAUGCUCAAUUCGCCGCCUCCUGGUGUCGAGAAGGAGAUUCCCUUCAUGUUGCAUCUGAUUCUGAAGACUUAUAAGACCAGCACUAUGGUACAGCUUACCGCGCAUCAGCAAAGCGCAGAAAGCCUCGUGCCAUGGGGAAGAUUACUCUUCCAGGUCGUCAACUUGCAGAUUCCGAAGGACGCCGUCCCGGAGGAUGAGGAGGAGCGAGAAAAGAGUGAAUGGUGGAAGGCCAAGAAGUGGGCGUAUGGAAUUCUUGGUCGCCUUUUCCACCGUUAUGGUAACCCAUCUCAAUUGCCGACGGUCAUGCGCAAGGAUUACGGUGCCUUUGCCGAGCAUUUCAUCACUGUAUUUGCCCCCGAAAUAUUCAAGGUUUACCUCCAUCAGGUAGAGCUCUACGUAGCUGGACAGGCAUGGUUAUCGAGCAAGUGCCAGUACCAAAUUUUCUCGUUCUUCACCGAAUGCGUCAAGCCCAAGUCAACAUGGGUUCUUCUUAAGCCCCACUUUGAAACUCUAGUCUCUUCCUUCGUCUUCCCUCUGCUGUGCUUCAACUCAAGCAAACAGGAACUGUGGGACACAGAUCCUGUGGACUACAUCCGGGUUUCGGUCGACGAGUAUGAGACCUACACCACCCCGGUUUCGGCUGCAACGACCUUCUUGUUCGCGCUCGCGUCCAGCCGCACUAAGGCAACCUUCGAAAGCAUCCUGACGUUCAUAUAUUCCGUUCUGCGAUCAAAUCCGGCGAGCCCGCAAAGAUUUGGUGCAUUGAACAUGGUGGCCGCGUUGGGGCCGUUCAUUAUGUCGCACCCCGAAGUGAAGACCAAUAUGGAGUCAUUUAUGCUGCAACAUGUUCUUCCAGAGUUCUCGAGCAGCGACGGAUACAUGAGGGCAAUUGCAUGUGAAGUGCUUGGAACCGUAGAGAAGUCCAGGAUGGACUGGGCCAACGAACAGAAUAUCUCCUCCCAUCUGAAAGCGGUGGCGACCGCUCUCGACGACCCUGAACUUCCAGUCAAAGUGCAGGCUGCACUCGCUCUGACAGAAAUGGUGAAGAGGCACGAAAAGGUUCGGGAGGCCGUCUCACCUCAGGUUGGCAAGGUUAUACAGGACCUCCUCAAAAUGGCCGACGAGACAGACCUGGACAUUCUGAACAGCUGCAUGGAGACGAUGGUUGAUUACUUUCAGGAUGAGCUCGUUCCCGUGGCUGCACAGCUUGCAGCACGCCUUUGCGAUUCCUACCUGCGCCUCGUGCGUGAAGCUAUGGCCUCGGAUGAAGCAGGUGGUCAGAACGUGGAUCUUGACAACAUAAUGGAGAGCGACACAGAUGACGAUAAGACUUACGCAGCGAUGGGCGUCGCGAAGACCAUCGGGACUGUUAUCAGCUCUAUUGAUUCUUCUCCAGAGAUCCUCGCGCAAGUGCAGGAGGCCGUCAUACCCAUUGUCGUUUUUACGCUCGAGAACAAGUUCCUCGACCUCUUCGACAAUGUGUACGAUCUCGUCGAUGCUCUCACUUUCAAGCUCCAUUCCAUUGCGCCGGCCAUGUGGCAAGUUUUCGAGCUCACGUACAAGUUGUUCAAGUCGGAUGCCAUCGAUUUCUUGGAUGAGAUGCUGCCCGCUCUGGACAACUUCAUAUCGUACGGCCCGGAGGUCUUCAAGGCUCGUUCUGACUAUAAGGAUAUGGCCCUUGAUAUCUACGUGACUGCCAUGGCUAGCGAGCAGCUUGGAGAGAACGACCGUGUGAACGGCUGCAAAUUGGCUGAAUCCAUGCUCCUCAACUUGCGCGGAUACGUAGACGAGGCGUUUCCCAAGAUCGUAGCGACAGCUUUGGACCACAUGGAUAGUGCUGAGACCAAUGCGUUUCGACUCGCCAACCUCGAGGUCUUGAUCAAUGCCGUGCUCUACAACCCAUCGGCUGCAUUGCAUCUCAUGGAAUCGCAUAGCGUAGGCGCGUCUCGGGUGUUCUUCGACAAAUGGUUCGCGAUUAUCAAGGACAGCAGCAAGCUUCCUCGCGUCCACGACAAGAAGUUGAGCAUUGCCGCUCUGUGCGCCCUAAUGGAAGUGGAAGCCUCUGCAAUUCCACGACCACUGCAAGCUGGAUGGGCUGGCAUCGUCGCCGGCGCUUUGAAAAUCUUCCAAGAUCUCCCAAAAGCGAUCGCGGCGCGGAAGGCACUCGAGGAAGCCUUCGGUGAUGAUGACGACGACGAUGACGACGAUGGCAGGGUUUUGAACCUGAACGAGGACGAUGAGGAUGUCUUGGAUGAGGACACGGCGUAUCUGGAGAUGCUGGCCCAAGAGAGCGCUCGCCUACGAGAGCGGAGCGAUAAACUGGAUGAUGACGCAGAAGAAUCCGUAUCGUCGGAGGAAUCUGAUAUAGAGGAAGAACUGGGCUACUUAAGCCCGUUGGAUCAGAUCGACCCAUACAUCGUCUUCCAGCAAGCAUUGACAACCAUGCAAAACAAAAAUCCUGCGAUGUAUCAGGCCUGUACCACCUCUUUGUCUAUCGAUCAACAGACUCUGUUGAUGGAGGUUGUAGCCAUUGCACAAAGCAACGCCGCGCAGACACAUGCGAGCUCGUAAAGAGAUCCAGUCCACCGGGCCACCUAAAUACCUUGAUUCAUUGUUUUGCAUUGUCGUUUUGUUGGAAUUUCACGCAUCUCAUGUCUUACUGGAAG